CAACGCCCAGAACCAUUUCAGGCAGAAGUACGAGUAGUCCGCAGUUUUUCGUGGAAAAAAAUGGCCGGAAUGAGUCAGCUUGUAGGGAUUCUGUGCGUCCUGGGCACACACCUGGCCGUGACCGUGACGGCAGGUGAGGUCACCACCUGUCCACCUGGCCAGUUCGCUUACCUGGUGCCGGACGCCACCCCGAUGUACGUGCAGGCCGGGGAAUACGUGUGCAGGAGGUGUAGACUCUGCGCCGACGGACAGGAACUGGUAGAACCGUGUGUUGGCACGAACGACACUCGGUGCGGCGGCUGCAUUCGGCAGAAGGAAGGGUUCGUGUGGGACGAAGGGACGCGCUCAUGUCAGCACAGGGACGUUCUAGCCGGGCUGGCGCGGCCAGAGGACUUUCUCACGCCGCAGGGUGGGGAGAAAUUCGCCGGGACGGCGCCCGUGCCCGUGCCGGCUGCAGGCUCCGACCAGGGCGGCCUUGCGAUAGGCCUGUGGGUGUCCAUGGCAGUGCUAGCUGUGGUGGCGGCCGUCUUGCUGUUUCUUCUGCUGCGCAGACGAGGCGACAACAACAGACGAGGCAAGAAACUUCAGGUCACAACCAAAGCUGUAGAAGAGCAGAGCCUGUCCGGAUCAGACUCCCGGACGUCGUCGCCGUUCCUUCAGCGGCGGGACUCCGAGGAGACGGUUCCGGCCCGGGUGUACAACAACCGCCCCUGGAGUCCAGCGGGGAGCCCGCACAGCUUCUCUUGGAACGGCCCGUGUUUCACACAGCCGAAGGAGGGCUACGUUUAACGUCACCUGCAGUUCAUUUACCUGAUACCUCACAUUAAGUCAAGUGGCCUCUACCAGGCUUUAGAGACGGCCAGAAAGACUAGAAAUUGGCCACCAGGCUUCAGAAGCGGUUGGAAAGAGUAGAAA